UAUAGGCAGUAUAAUAGGUGCUGGCACAGACAAUGUAGUUCCAGCCGGGUUUAGUGGCGGCGCAGCGUUGCCGCCGCGAGGUCAGGUCAUUUCAGCACGUGUGGCCCAUUGCCCACACAGGCUCAAGCUACCUCCCCAUCACCCCGACUUUUCCCGUGGCCGUGCACGGUCUGGCGCCGUAAACUUCAGGAGACUAUAAUAUUUAUGAAAACUUUAAAACGGCACGCUCACGGCGAGUCUGCCGUCCCGGAUGCACGCACGGCAACCCCCGCGCCGCCCCGCCCCGCGGCGGCCACGGGGCGGGGCGGGGCCAGUCUCUGCACGGCAGGCUGCCGCAUCUACCCACGGCAGCCGUCCGUCAGCUGUCCCUCGGUGUUACAGUGCCAUCCUUGCCGCCAACAUGGACAGUGACGACGGUGUGGAGUCCAUAGACAAAGACCAGCUCAUCCUCCUGGUGGAGGCGCGGCCCGUGCUGUGGAACAGGGAGCUGGAGGACUACAAGAGCCGCAGCAUGACGGCCAUCGCCUGGCGGCAGGUGUGCGGCGAGCUGAACCCGGACUUCGCGGCGCUUAGCGACCGCGAGAAGACAGAGUACACACGGUUCGUGAUGAGAAAAUGGACCAACAUCAAGGACAGCUGGAUCAAGGCGGAGAAGAGGAAGGUGGAAAGUAGUAAGCCUGGUUCUGGCAAGCGGCCGUGCAGGAGGUAUAUCUAUGCGAAGCAGCUGUCCUUUCUCAGGAAAAAUCUGAAGCUCCAGGGCGCGGAGUACAAUUUUACGCCCAAGAGUACAAGAAAUAAUAAAACUGACACCACACCUCUAAGUGCCUCUGGCUCGCCUGAAGGAGUCCCUCCCACACAGCCUGCCUGGCCAGCCAAGGUGAGGAAGGUGGAGGAAGGCGAGCAGACAACACUCAACGGCUCGGAGUCUCCGGAAGGCCGCCAACGCUCCUUCAUGCGAGGCAGAAGCUCAGAAUCUCCAGUUAGCCGCCGCAUUUCCUUCAAGAGAAGAAACAGCUCGGAAUCUCCUGAAAGCCGCCACGUGUCUUGCAUGAGAGUCAGCAGCUCGGAGGGUCCAGAGAACCGCCACAUUUCCUUCAUGAGAGGGAUCCUUCCUUCACUGGCAAAGUUUAGUGACGAACAAGUUGUGGAGUUCCAAAUGGGCGUGUUGAAUGUGCUGCAGAGUGUGAGGGAAGGCCGGCGCUUCUCUGAUCCUGCCAGCGUUCAUUCCCAGCCCUUCCAUCUGCCCGCCGUAUACCCGCAGCACCUCAGCAACCCCCCACGCCCGCCCGCGACGCAGGACACGGCGUCGGCGGAGGAACAGAACACCAAAGCGGAGGGCAACGACAAGAGCCAGCAAAUCAUCAUUCCGACGUCACCGACACACCUCCCACCCGCCUCGGACGUGUCAGAGAAUUCGUGCAGCAACCAGUGAUUGCAGUGCACGUCUCUGGUUUGACGUGCACUGAACUCUUAACGAAUAAUUCAUCACUUAGGAAGUUAGUUAAUUAUCACUUCGUUAGAGCAUAUGAAAAUUAUUAUUGAUUUUUUUUCUUUUCUGUUGUGCUAGACAUAUUGAAAGCCUUCGAUAGAGUCUGGCACCAGUCUUUGCUUUCUAAACUGCCCUCUUUCGGAUUCUAUCCCUCUCUCUGUUCCUUUAUCUCCAGUUUCCUUUCCGGCCGUUCUAUCUCUGCGGUGGUAGACGGUCACUGCUCUUCCCCUAAACCUAUCAACAGUGGCGUUCCACAGGGCUCUGUCCUAUCACCCACUCUCUUCCUGUUAUUCAUCAAUGAUCUUCUUUCCAUAACAAACUGUCCUGUCCACUCAUACGCCGACGACUCCACUCUGCAUUAUUCAACUUCUUUCAAUAGAAGACCCUCUCAACAGGAAGUACACGACUCCAGACUGGAGGCUGCAGAACGCUUAACCUCAGACCUUGCUAUCAUUUCCGAUUGGGGCAGAAGGAACCUUGUGUCCUGCAAUGCCUCAAAAACUCAAUUUCUCCACCUAUCAACUCGACACAAUCUUCCAAACACCUAUCCCCUAUUCUUCGCCAACACUCAGCUGUCACCGUCUUCAACACUAAACAUCCUCGGUCUAUCCUUAACUCAAAAUCUCAACUGGAAACUUCAUAUCUCCUCUCUCGCUAAAUCAGCUUCCUCGGGGUUGGGCGUUCUGUAUCGUCUCCACCAGUUCUUCUCCCCCGCGCAGUUGCUAUCCAUAUACAGGGGCCUUGUCCGCCCUCGUAUGGAGUAUGCAUCUCACGUGUGGGGAGGCUCCACUCACACAGCUCUUCUGGACAGAGUGGAGUCUAAGGCUCUUCGUCUCAUCAGCUCUCCUCCUCCUACUGAUAGUCUUCUACCUCUUAAAUUCCGUCGCGAUGUUGCCUCUCUUUCUAUCUUCUAUCGAUAUUUCCACGCUGACUGCUCUUCUGAACUUGCUAACUGCAUGCCUCCCGCGGCCCCGCUGCACACGACUUUCUACUCAUGCUCAUCCCUAUACUGUCCAAACCUCUUAUGCAAGAGUUAACCAGCAUCUUCACUCUUUCAUCCCUCACGCUGGUAAACUCUGGAACAAUCUUCUUUCAUCUGUAUUUCCUCCUGCCUACGAUUUGAACUCUUUCAAAAGGAGGGUAUCAGGACACCUCUCCUCCCGAAAUUGACCUUUCUUUCGGCCACCUCUUUUGAUUCUUUUUUGGGAGCAGCGAGUAGCAGGCUUUUUUUUUAUUAUUUUCUUUUUUUGUGUGCCCUUGAGCUGCCUCCUUUGUUGUAAAAAUAAAAAAAAGUGUUUUCAUUUGUCACGAUAUUCAUCAUGUACAAAUACUCAGCUAAUUUUGUUGUAUCCCAUAAUUACUUGAUACUGUAUUUUUUUUCUAUGAAUUGUCUGUUUCCCUCGCUAAAGUGCAACCUGUCAUGUACAGUUUUGACUAAUAACAUUAUUUUAUCGUA